AUGGCUACUCACGUCGUCACUGCGCCUGCGGGCAACCAGAUCUCCGUCUAUGGUCACCCGUCUCCUACCAACUCCACCACCACCACUCCUUCCAACAAUUCUCCUACUUCCCCCCGCCUGAACACCGCCGCGUUGCAUCAACUACCACUGCAGUCGCGCCAGCUGCGUCCUCCCAAGGGCCCGCUCUAUGUCCCAGCCGCCCUGCGCCCAACUGAGCGCCCUCAGAAUGUCCACGGUUCCCUGGACAGUCUGAACGAGGACACGGAACCCAUUAGCCGCCGAUCCACCAUGGAAAGCAAGAGCAGCGGCGUCAGCAAGGUCGCAGAGCAUGAGUGGAUGAAAACCGAGCAGCUGGGGGAAGUCACCGGCCAACCCACCCGUGAUCACUGGAAAGCGGAUGCUGCGUCUCCAAACUGUGACUCGCCUACUUGCCGCUCAUCUUUCGGAAUCUUCCUUCGCCGUCACCACUGCCGCCAUUGUGGCCACGUCUUCUGCUCUUCCCACACUCCUCAUGUCGUUCCCCUUGACCAAGAUGCGCGUUUCCAUCCCGAGGGCGUUCCUUCACGCGCUUGCGACCUCUGCUGGAGUGCCUUCCAGCGAUGGGAGGAAACCCGCACAGAUCGCCUGAACAAGAUCCAGAGCAACAUGAACUCCAAGGGCGAGGAUGAGACCCAGGCCGAAGACCUGGAAGGUAGCCAGGACUCAAAUCGCGCUACGCUUCAGCCUACCCUUGACCAGCCUACCGAAGUCGCUGCUAGUGUGCCCCGCGACUGGAACUGGAGUACCUUCUAA